AUGACCACGGUGUACAGAACCUUAGAACUCGACAUUAUUUCCGCAAAAGAUCUAAAAGAUGUUAAUCUUUUCUCCCAGAUGUCCGUAUACGCCAUUGUUUCAAUCCUCGGCGACCCACUCAACCCACAAAUCACCACCACCCACAUCCACCGUCAUGCUGGAAGAAACCCCACAUGGAACAUCCCGGUCAAGUUCGCUGUCAACGAAUCUCUCGCUUACUAUAAUCGUCUCUCUCUUGAAGUCAAACUCAUCUCCUAUCGAAAAUUCCUCCCAUGCAGUACCAUUGGCAAGGUCCGUAUCCCUCUCAAGGGACUUCUUGAUAACCCUGCCAAUGCCGGUUUCCAACUCAGUUAUCAGGUUAGGAAAAAACGCUCUCGGAAAUCCAAGGGUACCUUAAACCUCUCCUACAAAUUUGGUGAUCGUUUUUAUGCUCAGGUGACAACAAAUGUGAUAAAGAAUGAUGGCCUUUUUAUUGGAAUGGCUUUAUGUCUUGCGAUGUUCAUCAUUCUUGCAUAA